AUGUCUGCCCCAAACGAAACAAACAAGACGAGCGCGCCUGAGUCACCUACCACUGUGCGCCCCUUGGAUUUAUCCGACGACGACGACGUUCAAGAAACGGGUGUGCUCAGCGGUGAGGCUCCCAACCAGAACUCCACCACCACCAACACCAACACUGCCGCCUCGUCCAACAUGGCGUCGUCGACGACCGCCGCCGAAGCGGCCCCGCCGAAGCCCCCUAGGCCCUCCACCGAGACGCAGAAGACUGAGGAUAUCCUGAAAGAGGCGUUUCCCAGCAUUGACAUUUCCGUCAUCAAGGCGGUCUUGAGAGCUAGCGGCGGCAAGAUUGACCCGGCCUUCAAUGCCCUUCUGGAAAUGACCGACCCUGAUGCGGCCCAGAACGAGACGAGCGAUGAGCAGCCGCCUCCGCAGCCCCCUCGCCCCCAGGGUGGCGCUCAGCUAUCCCAGCUCGAGGCUGACGAGCUGUACGCGCGCCAGCUAGCGGAGCACUUUGACAACGUCGGCAGCUACGAGGCCAGGACCUCGAACCGAAGCCCCGGCGGCCGCGUGCGGCGCCAACAGACCGGCCUUGAGCCCCGACCGAACGCCGAGGACCGCGAGUCUAACUUCUUUGAGGACGAACUGCCGGUUAUCCAGGAGAAACUCAGGAAGGGGUUCAUCGAGACGCAGGGCAAGGUCAACAACUGGAUCACGACGAUGAAGAAGAGAUUCGACGAGGAGUUCGCCGACGAGGACGAGAACAGCCAGCGGCCCGGCCAGGCCCAGGCCCAGGGCCAGUACGGUGCCCGGCGGCCCGGGGAGUCGAGUCGCCGAAGCGGAGACUACGAGAGAUACGAUGCCGAUCCCCAGGUCCUCAGCGAUGACUUUGCUGGUAUGAAAUUCGCCGCCGACGGAAGUAAGUUCGGCCCUCUAGCAAUUCCCUCCUUGACCGGCAUGGGCCACGUGCUGAUGGGAGAUGCAGCCCCGCUCCGUGACAACAACAGGCCGUUGUCCAACCCGGACCUCUACAAGCCCCCUCCACCCUCAAAGUCGCCCAAACCCCACGACGGCCGCAAGGUUGCAUUCCGGGAAGGUGCCGAGGAGAUUGAUGUGUAUGGCUCGUCGCCCCGGCGUUCCGCUGAAGAUGUGUCCGGAUCUAAGGCCAAGUCUAGCAAGUGGCAGCCCCUAUCGACGGUCGAUCCGAACCCCAUCAGCGACAACGACCCUUUCAGCCUGGGCGACAGCGAGGACGAGCGGGAAGCCAAGGAGAAGGCGGCUUCGAGCAAGGAUGCCAAGGACGCCAACUCGGAAGACAGCGAGAGGCUGAAGAAGGCCGCUGCUGAGGCCAUGGCGGACAGUCUGGUCGAGUCAAAGGGCAGCGAGUCGGCGGGUGCGGGUGCCAAGAAGAAUUGA